GCUUUGCGUCCGGCUCGCAGGGGGCUGCAGUGUGGACUCUCCGACGCACCCAUCCCUCCUCCGGGACUGCCUCCAUCCCUCUUUACCUGCCCUCAUCCUCAGUCAGGGAUAGGAUGCCCGGCUGCGCGCCCCUGUGCUGAGGAGGCGUCGGCGGGCAGCAGUAUGGGAGCUGUGCUGGCCAGCAUCCCCACCACCCCCUUCACCACCUCUCUGCCACCACCACGCUGCCCCACCAAGAAGGGCGCUCCCCCCAGCCCCGCCGAUGGGCGAAGACACUGACGCCACCUCGACGCUCAACCACCGCGGCUUCCUCCCCGACCACAACUAUGUGACUGAAGCUGACAUCAUCUCCACUGUUGAGUUCAACCACACAGGAGAGCUCCUGGCCACAGGGGACAAAGGAGGCCGUGUGGUCAUCUUUCAGAGGGAACCUGAGAGCAAGACUGAGCCAUUUUCCCAGGGAGAGUACAAUGUCUACAGCACCUUUCAGAGCCAUGAGCCCGAAUUCGACUACCUUAAGAGUCUGGAGAUUGAGGAGAAGAUCAAUAAGAUCCGAUGGCUGCCUCAGCAGAACGCCGCACACUUUCUGCUCUCCACCAAUGAUAAGACUAUUAAGUUGUGGAAGGUGAGUGAAAGAGACAAACGGCCCGAGGGGUACAACCUCAAAGAUGAGGAGGGUCGCAUCAAGGACAUCUCCACAGUCACAUCCCUACAGGUGCCGGUGUUGAAGCCCAUGGACCUGAUGGUGGAGGUGAGCCCUCGGCGAGUGUUUGCCAACGCCCACACCUACCACGUCAACUCCAUCUCCGUCAACUCCGACUAUGAGACCUACAUGUCGGCCGACGACCUGCGGAUCAACCUCUGGCACCUGGACAUCACGGACCGCAGCUUCAACAUCGUGGAUAUCAAGCCAGCCAACAUGGAGGAUCUGACGGAGGUGAUCACAGCGGCGGAGUUUCACCCCCACCACUGUAACUUGUUUGUCUACAGCAGCAGCAAAGGCACGCUGCGCCUCUGUGACAUGAGAGAAGCAGCGCUCUGCGACAAGCACUCCAAAUUGUUUGAGGAGCCAGAGGAUCCCAGUGCCCGCUCUUUUUUCUCCGAGAUCAUCUCCUCGGUGUCAGAUGUCAAGUUCAGCCACAGCGGUCGCUACCUGCUCACCAGAGACUACCUGACUGCCAAAGUCUGGGACCUCAACAUGGAGAGCAAGCCCCUGGAGACAUACCAGGUUCAUGAUUACCUCCGCAGCAAGUUGUGCUCCCUUUAUGAGAAUGACUGCAUCUUUGACAAGUUUGAGUGUGCGUGGAACGGCUCGGACAGUGUGAUCAUGACCGGAGCCUACAACAACUUCUUCCGUAUGUUUGACCGCAACACGAAGCGCGACGUGACGCUCGAGGCGUCCAGAGAGAGCAGCAAACCCCGGGCCGUGCUGAAGCCGCGGAGGGUCUGCGCCGCUGGCGGGAAGCGCCGGAAGGACGAUAUCAGUGUGGACAGCUUGGACUUCACCAAGAAGAUCCUCCACACGGCGUGGCACCCGACGGAGAACAUCAUCGCCAUCGCCGCCACCAACAACCUGUACAUCUUCCAGGACAAGCUGAACUCUGAGAUGCAUUAAUGAAGGAAUGUCAGACAAACCAGUUUACACCUGAACACAACUAUGCCAGAAUGUACACACGACCAGACAAACACUCUGUCACACUCCCGGGAAGAUGCCUAACACACUCGCCCACCCUCACGGACACAUGCGGCUAGACUACAAUACAUACACACAUUUAGGUUUCCCAUUUCACACAGUCCUUCACCACCUCCUCCUCCUCAGCCUCCCAGAACUGAAAGGACCUCGACAGGGCUAGAAAGGGAACAGGCUGGAUUACGCAAUGGAUUAUGGUUGCA